CAGGGCUGGCUGGCGCGUGGGGAUGGACGAAAUCGAUUUUUUUCUUUUUAAAUCAGAAGAAACUUCCCCGGACGAAAGACCAACCCCUGCAGCAGAGGAAGAGACUGGAUCCCCCGCUCCUCGGCCUCUCCAUCCGCGAUUGAAGCAGCCAGGAUGAGUUUCCUGCUCUUUGCAGUCACUGCCCUCCACAUCCUCAUUCUCAUCUUACUCUUCGUCGCCACGCUGGACAAGUCUUGGUGGGUUCUGCCAGAUGACAAUACAGUUAAUAUCUGGUAUGACUGUACAUAUCAUAACGCCACUCAGUCCUGGAUAUGCCAGUCGGUUUCUAAAAGCGAGUGGCUCUACGCAGUCCAGGCCUUCAUGGUCCUAAGUCUUCUCUUCUCCAGUGCUGCCUUCAUCAUCUUCAUGUGCCAGCUCUAUACCAUGAAGCGUGGGAGCCUCUUUUAUGCCACUGGAAUCUUCCAGAUACUUGCUGCCAUCUCUGUGUUCACAGCUGCUGUGAUCUACACAACCCAUGUGGACGAGUUCCAGCAAGGGCGACAGGCAGGUGGCUCUUUCGGCUACUGUUUUGUGCUGGCAUGGCUUUCCUUACCCUUGGCUCUUAUCAGCGGAUUUAUUUACAUCCACCUUCGAAAAAAGGAGUAGUUGGCAAUGACAAGAUCUCUCCAUUUGUCCUGGAAGGGAGCUUGUUCUCCUGUGACUUUUGCUAUGUAUUCACUCUUUGCUGUUUUCAAAGGCAGUUAUGGUACAAAGACAUACACGAUGCCUGGCUUGAUCCACUAGGGUUACUGCACUGUCAAUGCGUUACCUCUCGUUUGUGAGGUAUCAUGCACUUUGCAUGGUACAGCAACUCCAAGGUGGGUCAUCUUGCACUACGCAUCUCCUUGACCUCUGAGGUACUAUCAUACACUAAAGUUGCAAUCCUGAGGGCGCUUUCCUACGAGUAAGCCCCAUUGAGCAUCAUGUGACUCGCUUCUGCGUAGACCUGCUUAGGAUUGCUCCCUAUGCAGGUUUUUUUGCUGGCAAAAUUACGUGUCAUGAUGCUGGUGUAUAUGCCGAUUCAGGAGGAAUGUCUUAAAUGUUCUUCAUACUUAGUCCAUUUUGUAAGUUAGUUUCUGUAGUUAGAAAUGAUUCCUUUAAAAAAAAUAUCAUUGAAAACUGAAGCAACAUUUAUACUUUCAAAAUGAGGAACUGUAGACUUCCUUCUGCCCCUCCCUUGAUAUUCUGCAGCAUGGUGAAUAGCUCCGCUGCCCCUCAAAAAAACCCUGCAUUUUUUUCUGUUUUACAAGAAUAAAAGUGUGUGGGGAAUUCAAUAGGUUUGUUUACAAAAUAUUUCUGUGGCUUAUGUAGGGCAAAACAUGGAUCAAAACUCAAGUGUGAAAAAAUAGCUUAAAAAUUUUCAUUUUUAAAUACAGGGUUGAAUAAGAGAGAUCUUUUGCAUGUUACUCAGGAUAUUUUAACAUCUUGAAAGCUAAAACAUUGAGAAAAAAGUUAUAAAUUGUAGCCAGAACUUCUGGAACCUUUUAAAGUUUUAAGAGUAAAACUUGCAGAAAUAAGAAUAUUGCAAGUGCAGAGUUUUUUUUUUAAAAUUCAGAAAACAUUGCAGUCCUAAGCAGAGGUUACUCCAAUCUAAGCCCAUUGAUGUUAGUAACCUCUUUCUUUCCUAACUUCCGUUUCUACAUUAUGAGGAAUCCAGGAGUGUGGAGGCAGAACUGACGGAAUUUUAUAACUAGUGUUACCAACAACUUUAUAAUUUAAUCCCCCCACACGUGUUUGUAUUCUGCAACACAGAGAAGGGGUUUUCAUUUGUAUCAGUUCAAGCACUUUUAAAACAUGUUAGGCAUCCAUCUGCUUUGAAGCAGCAGCCUGAGAAUCACAGUAUGAAUGUGAGACUCAUGUUUGCAAAUACUACAGGUCUCCUCAUCAAUAGGCUGCAUUUGGCUGCAUCUCCUUGCUUUGUUGACAUUCACUAGCAAACCAAGGUUCGUUUCAGUAUAGUAGGUGAAUUGAAAUAUACAUGUUUAUUCUACAAACAGCUGUUUCUUUUUAAAGGAACGCCAACAUGCAGCCACUAUAAUUACCCCUUUCCCUCCAGCAGCCAUUUUAAAGCAAUAGCUCCAACUUCAAGUUUGAUGAAUUUGUGGAGAUUCUGGACUUCCCAAAAGAAUGGUAAAAGAUGGAAAGAUGAAACUAAUCAUAUCUAUCCCACUUCUAAAACUGGUGUGUGUGUGAAUCCACUUCUAAAACGGGGGGUGGGGGUGGGGGUUCAAAUCCUGUCUACUUUCCCCCAGUAAUCAUGUCCACAAAUACAAUGUGCCUUGAACAGUCUGUUGUACAAAUUUUAAAAAACAGGUUCCUUCCAUGACAUUUCUAUAUCAGUAACAGUAUUAUAUGUGUUGACUUCUCUGAAGUCUACUUGUACCUUUUAUAUGCAUUUGAAGAAUUAAAAAGAAUAAAACUUUA